CCUUUUCCUAGCAAUACACUGCUGUGCAUUAGGUGGUGUUGGUGCUUACUAAUAUAAAUACUUCUGAACUCAUUGUCAAAUAACCUUAUCAAAACACAAUUCUUAUUUAUUAUGUAUUAUUAGAAUGACUGCAAAGAUCAUGAAACAUAUUAGAGCCAUAAGGAUUCUUCAAAACAAAUUUGAUUACAGUUGCUUCCAAGAACAGCUCUGCUACCAUUUGCUGCAGGAAAGAGGGGUGAUCGUUUAUGAGUACAGUUGACGCUGUCUCUUACUGUAUGGUCUUCUCAGGAACCUUCUUGCACACUUAACAAGGCCCUGGGAUGCAUAUCUCCAGCAAUUAUGCUGUUGCUAUUUACUGAGAACUUGGUAUGGACUUUUUGAAGAUAACAGAAUUACCUUCAAUGUAAACUACAUUUGCAAAAGUCCUGGCCCAUUUCAUUGUGGAAACUGAGGUUUCUUCUUCAGAUCCACUUGAUUCUGAACAAGCUUGUUGCAAGUUUUUCCACGUAAUGUGAAUGUAGGUACUGUAAUUAUAUUGACCUGCUUUUGAGCAUUAUCAAUGUCUUCAGCUACACAUCUUCAAGCAUCACAGCUCUGAUAGGAAGAACUAAGUAGAUGUCACCAGCCCCCUCAAAGCAGGGUCCAUGUGUUCUGUCCUUCGGGAGGAAACUGGUCAAUUCUCAUCACCAUUGAAAAGAGCCUCAGGCUAGCAAGAUCACAAUCCAAGCACAGAGCAGAAGAAUGCCAGUAACCAACAACACUGUGAGCUCAGCCAUCAAGAGCCAAUCAGAAUACAUAACCCCAUCUUUGCAGGACCUCCAGCAUCUGCUCUGGACACGAAGAGGAGCAAGUGGCCAUGUCGACCAAGUGUGGCCCAGAAUCUACCUGGGAGAUAAAUGGGCAGCUAAAGACAAGAGGUCACUUCAGUCACUUCAAAUCACUCAUAUCCUAAACGCUGCUGAUGGGAAAUACAAUGUCUGCACUGGAGCAAGGUACUACAGGGACAUGAACAUAAUCUACCAUGGGGUUGAGGCUUUUGACACAACAGCUUUUGAUAUCAGCCCUUUCUUCUACUCUGCAGCUAAAUUCAUCAGGGAAGCUUUAGAGAAGCCUGGCGGCAACGUGUUAGUCCACUGUGCAAUGGGCCUCAGUCGCUCGGCAACUCUGGUGCUGGCCUUCCUGAUGAUCUACGAAAAUAAGACUCUGGUGGAUGCCCUCAAGGCUGUUAGUGAACACAGGAAUAUCUCUCCUAAUAUGGGCUUUCUUGGCCAGCUUCAAAAAUUAGACAUGAGAUUAAACGAUGAAAGAAAAUUAAGGAGAGAGUGCAAUUGAGAUGUUUAGGUCUCUUAAUGUGGUCUCCUACCUACAUCCUACUGUAGGUAGAAGACCACAAACCAAACUCAUCUAUCAACAACUAACAUACUAGCCAUCUCAUAGAAGAAGACUUAGAAGAUUUGGUGCUGCAUUCAUAAACCAUUAUUGUGCCAAUAAUUGGAUUGCGGCCCUAUGCAUUUACUGGCAUGUCUUUAUUCUCUGGUUUUAUUGUCCCAAUACUAAUAAAAAUAUAUUAAAGUACA